CUAGCAAUGUUGUGCUAACUUUCGAGCUUGCGCGUUCCGCGAACGCCAACGUUUUGUCCUCCGCUGGUUUCCGUAGACAUUCCCUCACUGUCACUGUCAGUGAAAGUGACAGCAAGCUACUCUGAGCCGCAUACUCUGCUGCCGCCUCAGCCAUGGAGGAAAUCAACAACAUUGAAGUGGUUCCGUGCAACGAGUCAAAAUAUCUGAAACCGCAGAGGUUGCAUUACAGCCAGAACGGCACAAAGAAAUUCUGGGACUUCGUGCAAACCCACGACAGUGUAUCAGUGCUGAUCUUCAACACCACCUCACAUUGUUUUGUCCUCGUCAAGCAGUUCCGUCCAGCCGUGUAUAUGAAUGAGUGGGAAAAGAAGAAGAGAUUGUCGUCUCCCUCUGCUGAAACAACUGAAGAAGAGGGCGCUGACGCCGCAGCGCCGGAGUCCAAGGAAGAGCAGUCGGCCUCAGAGGGAGACGACGGCUCUUCUCCGUGGCCUCCAGCCUCCACGGGCGUCACCUACGAGCUCUGUGCGGGGCUGGUGGACAAGCCUGACCUCUCCCUGGAGGAGAUCGCCCGGCAGGAGGUGCUGGAGGAGUGUGGCUACGACGUUCCCGUCUCCAAGCUGAGGAAGAUAACGUCCUACAGGUCGGGGGUAGGUAUAUCAGGAGCCAAGCAGACCAUGUUUUACGCUGAGGUGUCCGACGACACCCGUGUGAGUGCAGGUGGCGGCGAGCCUCGAGAGGGGGAGCUGAUCGAGGUGAUCAAAGUCCCUCUGCACGAGGCCAUGACGUUCGCCUACAACGAUAGUAUCCCCAAAACCAUGGGCGUCAUCUUUGGCUUCAUCUGGUUCCACAAUAACAUGUCCCCCAAGUACAAGAUCUCAACCAAUGUCUAACAAGUCAUUUACAUUUAAAAAAAAAAAAGAAGAAGAAGCCAUUCUAGUGGAGAUGAAGUGAAACGCUGACACGGCUCACCUUCUGUCGCAGGGCGGCCUGGUGUCUGUGUUUGUUUCGGUUCAUCUACCUGAUACUCAUUAUUUUCCCUUAAAUAACUCAGAUUUUGCCAUAGCUGCUGUCGGUCACUUUGAAUUCUUUUUUAGGGUUUUUUACUUGUUUUGGUUUUUUGGUUUUUUAAUGAGAUGAUUUUGAUGGAGAAGAAAAUGGAUGAACGUCACAUAUUCAGUGGUCCACGUGUUAUACAGUACUUGCAGAUUUUGAAUGUUGUUCCAGCGACACCUUCUAUUUGUUGCUACAUCCGUUUGACAUCAGCUGUGACAUCAUCACACAUUUCUGCAUCAUAUGGCCGGAUUCUAUAUUUAAAACCUGUUGUAAUCAUUGCGCACAUUGUCAAAUGGAUAGUCCCAUGUAAUGUGAACUACCCACAAUGCAGUGUCCAUAGUUUGUAUAGAAGAACUGGACGCUGUGGUCGCUCUGUGUUGAUAAACUAGUCACAGUUCCAUUGGCUCUUGAUGGGAAUUGCACCUCAAACCUCUGAAGUAAUAAUGUCCACCAAGCUCCGCCGCAUGGCUUCAGGUAUCGUCAUGUCGUCGAUUCACCUGUGGUGAAUUAUUUAACUGAAAACACAUGGUAGAGCACAACGAGAACAAAAAAAUGUCCCUCUCACUCAGAGGGUUCGGACUUUCAUCUUUAGGAAAAGUUAGGUUUUUUUGGCUAGCUGAACGGCUAGCUCCAUUUCUCAAAUACAUUUUAUGUGUGUUGCUGGUUAGCUCUGGUCCGCUAACGUUUAUUGCACUUGUGUAUUGCACUGCAGUCAUGAAGAGAAUUGUUCCUAAUAUGUCGGAUUCCCAACGUUGGAAGUGUCUAUCCGUGUUCUCUGACUCUAAUCCCACCACUUUGAGACAUGGAGAUUAUCAGAUGUUUUGAAAAGAAACAGUGGAGUGUUCCUUUAAGCCAUGAUCCAGUAAUGCAAAAACUAUGCUCUUUGAUUGUGGGGCCGUGUAAAGACCAAGGAUUUGAGGAGUGUUUUUACACAGCCGCUGCUUCGUGUUCUGACACGCCUUCAAUUAAUUUAUCAGAUCCACAGCCUCUGAGCAAUAUCUUUACGGUGUCCCCCGAGCUACACACAAUCACUCAGAGCUGCCGCUGAACUCCACUCGCUCCCUGGUGGAAAUCCUUCAGUGGCAUUUAACGUGUCAAACAGAAGAAGCCCAGCACACCUACCUCAGCACUGAGGGCCUAAUUUACACUUCUCACAGUCCUGGCUUCCAGCCCAUAAGACGAUAAUUGCAGACAAUUUUCACACUUUUGCAUCGAGGCAGGAAUCCAACCAUCGACAGUGUUUCACCUUAUCAAGACAUGGAUUACAUACAUUUUUGUCUAAGCCUUGACUUUGACUUAUUGCGAGACGUAAACUUGAAAUCCUGCAGCGUUUUAGAAGAAUUUUAAUGUUGAAAAAUUAGACCCAGGACGUUUUAGCUUGCAGCUGAAUCUUUUUGACACUUGUGCAGGCACAGAGGCAUUAGUGUUCUUCCAGCAACGUCGUAGGUAAAACUGCUGUGUUUCAGAGAUUGUAAAUCAUUAUUUGUCAUGUUAGGGUUUAGGUUUAGGGUUUAGUUGACUUUACUUCCCAA